GGCGCGAAGCCGGCUGUGAUUGGCUGGGAGGGCGGAGCCAAUAGCAAGCGGCGUUGUUGGCGGGCGGAGCAAAAUGGCGGCGUUGGGCCCGGGGUGGGUGCGGGCCGGCGGCCGCAGCUUCUCCCUGCUGCGAGGUUUUCCCUUCCCGCUGCUCCCAAACGCUCUGGAGUCUCUUCCCGUCGCUUCCAAGGCCGCCGUUCUCUGCCGCGUCCCGGCCCCAGCGUGGAAUUUCCGACAAAUCCGUGGAAAAUCCCGGGGGAACGAGUACCAGCCCAACAACUGGAAGCGGAAGAAGACUCACGGCUGGAUCAAACGGAUCAGAACUCCCGGCGGCGUGGCCGUGAUCCUGCGGCGGAUGCUGAAGGGCAGGAAAUCCCUGAGCCACUGAGGGAGCCCCGGGAAUCCUCUGGGAAUUCGGGGUGACCCUGCUGGCCCUGUCCCCCCGUGCCUCUGAGGGGUUUGGGGCGCGGCUGCUGCUUCAGUUGUUGAAUUAUCCUCGCGUUUUCCGUGUGUUUAUUCCAAGGUUUUUUUAUUUUGUUUGUUUAUAAACGUGGGGAUGCGGAGUGUGUUGAAA